AUGGAUGAUAAAGGAAAAGAACUUUGUCCACGCUUGAUUGACUAUUUGGUAAUAGUUGGUCGACGUCGCGGAAAGUAUAUAUCACAGCCUAAUAUUAGUGAUAUAUCACAAUCAUCAACAUCACAAAGUAUUACAACACCUGAAUUAUUGAGGCGUUAUCCAAAUAAUGAUCACAAGGAUUUUUAUUUGCCAACCGAUGUUACUGUAUUUUGUCAACCAGAAGGAUGUAUCACAAAAGAAGUACCACGACAUUCACAUUCUCAUCGUGCAACAACCACUUUUGUGUUCACGUUGACAGAGAAAGAUUCAGCAAAAAUUCGAUAUGGCAUUUGUUUGAAUUUCUUACAAAGUUACGAAAAGAAUCGUCCUGUAUCGGCAGAUGAUAAAAACAUUUUGGGCAAUAAUCGUUCUCAUAAAAGGUUGGAUCAAAGGCUUUCAUUAACAAGCUUAUGCUUAAUAAGCCAUCAUCCAUUUCUUUCCACAUUUCGCGAAUUGUUAUUAUUAUUGAAGAAAUUGAUCGAUGGUUGUAGCCAAAGACUUAGCAAAGAUGGACAAUAUUCAAAAGAUAUAAUUUGGGCAACACUUACGGGUUGUUGGACGGAACCAAUUCCACCCCGCGUAAUGCAGGAUAUUCGAGAAUUGGAAACAUGGAUUCUAAUGCUAUUAAGUGCACCAGUUGCUGUUCCAGGAAAAACUAAAAUACUUUUGGAGGUGUUACCAACAAAUAUUUUGCCAACUUUUGAAUUCGCUUUACCGGAUCAUACACGAUUUUCUUUUGUUGAUUUUCCACUUCAUUUACCUCUUGAACUUCUUGGAAUUGAUACAGCUAUAAAAGUUAUGGCUGCUAUAAUGCUUGAAUCAAAGGUUGUUUUACAAUCACGAAAUUACAACGCGGUUAGUAUGUGUGUAUUAGCACUUGUUGCAUUAAUGUAUCCAUUGGAAUAUAUGUUUCCAGUUAUACCUUUACUUCCAUCUUUUAUGCCAUCAGCUGAACAAUUAUUAUAUGCACCGACACCAUUCGUAAUAGGAGUACCAGCAUCAUUUUUUGCUCAUAAAGCGAUUGAUAUACCAAAUGAUGUUAUUGUUGUUGAUCUUGAUAUGAAUCAAUUGUUGAUACCAGAUGAUAUUAGUAUUCCUGAUAUGCCGGAACCAGAUUGCACUGAAUUAAAGAAUAGUUUACAAAAAUCAUUGGACAAAUUAUUGCUAAAUAUAUUAGAAAUGGAAUCGAGAAAUGCUGAAAACGUUGAAACGGAUUACACAUUAGAUAGUGAUAUUGUUGAUAUUGAUGUUCGUGUUGCCAUGAUUCGCUUUUUUAAUAGUGCGAAUGUAUUUGCAAAUUUCUGUGAACAUACACGUACGCUACGCCUUUAUCCACGACCAGUUGUUGCACUUCAAACCGAAUCUUUCUUACGUAGCCGUCCACAAUUUACACAAUUUAUCGCGCAACUUUGCAGAACCCAAGCGGUGGAAUAUUUUGCUGAGUGUUCCUUAUGCCCACAUAACGAAACAUACGUACGAGUACAGGCUGGAACAGAUGAUCCAAAACAAAUUGGCGAUAAGGGAAAAUGGUUCAACGAAUCACUAAUGCCUGUCCAUUUCACUGUAUAUUCGAACGAUUCGAUGCUUGUUGAUGUAUGGAGAGAAGUUGUAGACGAACGGCAAAACAGUAUGACAGAUUCAAACGGCGAUGAAGUAAGCGAUACUGAAAAUACUGAUGGUGAAAGCUUAUCCAGUAUCGAUGAUCUUCUAUUCGAUACGCCUGAUCAAGCGGAAACAUCUGUCGGAGCAGCAAAACCACUUGGAGAGGUAGACGAUGUUUAUAAGGAGCCAUUAACAUUAGCUAUUCCGAGAAGUGAAAGUGUACAAUCAGUUAAUAGUUCGACGAGCAGUGGCCGAUCUACACCAUCUUCAUCAAUUUCGACAUCAGCAAUGGAUAGUGAGGCUGAUUUUGCAAGGCUUGCCGAGAAUUUGGCAUUGAAAUCGGAUAGCAAGGGUGACUUCUCAUUUAAUCCUUCGAAUGAAUCUACUCCAUUAAACGAUCGUCAAUCAUUAUCAUCACAAUUCGCAAGUUCAACCACUACAACAACCAACAAGGCACCACCAUUAAAAGUAGCUGGUAUUAAGGGUUUGGCUCAUUUAGCAGAUUCAGGUGAAAAAGUUCUUGGACCACAAUUCAUGAAUGCACUUAAUGGAUACGCGGAGAGAAGCCAUGAUAUGUUAAAUCAGGUUUUAAAUCGUACAACUCCUAAAGCCCAAGCUAUACGAGAUAAAGCUGUUCGUCCGAUUGCUUUGGCUGCAGCAAACCGAGUAGAGCAAAGCCAACAUCUUGUAAUGACAAGAAGUAGCAUGAUUGGCAACAGAAAUACUAAUGCUGCUGCACAGCAAAGCAAAAAUCAACAAGUUGUUCGUGAAAUAUGCGAUCAAAUCCUAGCUGGUCAAGGAGUUGGCGUUUUCACAUAUCCAAAAUUAAAGCGUUUAAUGGAAGAUGAAAGUUUGAGGCAACUUGUUUGUUCCAAAUUAAAUCUUGGCCUUGAUGUACAACAUUUUGAAGACGACUUUAUACAAGAUGUGCAACUAACUCGAAAUCAAUAUAAGGGAUAUUUGAAAGCAUUGCAAACAUGUAUUGUUGGUCUGGAGUAUUCAUAUAACUCACCUGGUUCUAAUGGCCUUGCCUCAUUAUUUCACAUACUUGAAAUAGCUCAUUCUCAUUAUUGGACAAAAGAGACCGAAGUAUUAUCACCACCAAGUGCAUCCGGAAGCUUGCUUAAUACUCCCUCCUCAUCAUCAUAUGAUGUACGGCGACAGCAACAUGACAUUUCGUCACCAUCACUUCCACUACCAAUUCCGAUCGUACCACCGCCAUCGCUACCAUUAUCUGUGAAUCAAACUUCUAAACCACCCAUUCCACCACGUAAUUCUCAUGAAACACAUGAAAUUGUAUUACCUACUGGUCCACCACCACCACUUCCACCACGACCGGUAGUAGUUCGUCAAAGUAUAUCUGAUAAUAGGCAGUCAGUGUCGAAACCCAAUGUCCAGCCAAAAAAUUUGGAAAAAGUAACGAAGGCAAAUAAUAUUUUGUCUGACAUCAAAAGUUCCGAAUCAAAGUUGGAUCGAGAUAAUAAAACAGAAACAAAUUCAACUUCAUCUCGACAUUCAUCAUUCAGUUCAACCAUUAAAUCCUGUCUUCAUCUACAUCCACCGGAUAGUUUGUCAAUCGAUUCAACAGCUUUAUCACGUAUUUCAUCUGACAUAAAAUCAAUUCGGCAUUUCAUUUAUCAGGACUUGAUAUUACCUUCGCCGAAUCCGUUAUGGCAAAAGAUGGAUUUUUGGGAAAAUGCAUUUUUCGACGUGGUGGCACAAGAACGCGAUAUUAUAGGAAUGGAUCAAGAACCAUGUGAAAUGAUUGAUAGAUAUUGUAGUUUGUCAGAAUCUGAAAAGCGUCGUCUAGAAUUAGACGAGGAUCAUCUCUUAUCUACAUUACUUCAUAAUUUAACAUCUUAUAUGAUUAUGUGCGGUGGUGGUCAACGAAUUGUCCAACAGAAAAUACGACGAUUAUUAGGUAAAACUCAUAUUGGUUUGGUUUAUUCAAAAACAAUCAAUCAACUGUUGGAUGAUCUUCCAAAAACUCAAAGCAAUGGGAUACCGUUGAAACCGCUCGGAAGUCGUCUUAUUCAAAAACAAUCGUUUACUGUUCAUGAAGGAACUACAGCGCAAGAUCCAUUGAUGUUUGUGGAGGUAUAUGAUGAUGCAGUGGUGCUUCGAGCAGUAACGGGCGCCAUCACGGAACGAUGGUGGUAUGAACGUGUAGUGAAUAUAACGUAUUCUCCCAAAACACGUGUUUUAUGCUUAUGGCGGCGACAUGAAGGAAAAGUGCAUAUGCAUAAGUUUUACACAAAAAAGUGUCGCGAAUUAUAUACCACAAUGAAGGAAGCGAUGGAACGAGUUGCAAUACGAGGGAAAGUUGCAUUACCUGGACGAGAUUUAGGUGGUGAAUUUCCGAUUCAGGAUAUAGAAUCAAAUCAAGGUGGAUUACUACAAGUACGAAUAGAUGGUAUAACGUUGCUUUUCGAAGAGAGACAGCAUUUCAUUGAACUAAGCAAUAUUAAAAAAUGCAAUACCUUUGGUGGAAAUCUAUUUGUUCUUGAAGAAUAUGAUCGCAAAAAGAAUGAAUUGAUACAGAGGCGUUAUUUAUCACAAAUGGCUGAUCAGAUCUGUUAUGCGGUUUUAUGUGUUUUCUCGAUCGUUGCUACAGGACGUCGAAUAAGUGAUAAGAGUAAAAGUGGCAUGAAAUUUCCAAAAAAUCAAUUAUCACCGACACAUUUUCCGUUGAAACCGAAACCGUAA